AUGAAGACAUGUCUACGCUAUCUUGGUGACCCUGGAUAUCAACAAGGUAUUGGUCAGGAACUUGGUGUUAGUCAAGCAACGGUAUCUCGGACUGUGGACAGAGUUAUGAACAGCAUAGUUGCACAGUCGAACGAAUGGAUCAACUUUCCAACUACCAACCAUGAACUGAUGGAUGCCAAGCGGAUAUGGCAAAGCAUGUAUAAAUUUCCGAGAGCAAUUGGUGUAAUUGAUUGUACACAUAUAGGAAUCCUGAAACCAAAUCGUCAUGGAGAUGAGUAUAUCAACCGAGAGAUGUUCACAAGUGUUGAUGUCAGUUGGCCUGGAUCAGUGCAUGUUUCCGGAAUAUGGAGAAAUUUACACACUAGAUCACAACUAAUUAAUUAAGCAAAUGUUGUACUACUUGGCGAUGACGAUUAUGGUAUUGAGCCAUGCCUUAUGACUCCC